AUUAAAAAUAAAAUUCUCUCAUUACCUUUUCUUUAACUUUUAUGCAAUGUUAGCCGUUACGUCAUUAAUCUUAAACGUUUAUUACAUAAAUUUAAAUCAAUUUAAAAAGUAAACAGUAAAUAUUACCUUCCCAACAGAGCUUCACAUCCAAAACGAAUAUUAGAAGCUCAAGAACGCAAGCUUUUUUCUCUGCUCCACAAAUUUUCGAUGUUCUUCAAAGAUCACAUUUUGUCUCACUCCAGAUAAGUUUUUUUAGCUCCAUUCAUUUCCUUUGAUGUUUCUCAAAUUUUCCAUUAAGGCAUUUAGAUUAAUAUCGAUUUUCAAGAGAGAGUUUGACUGGUGGUUGCGUACGAAUCAUCAUCUCUCCCUUUAGAAUUUUUUUCCCCUUUUCUUUUCAUAUUUCGAUCUCACAAGCAACAAUAGUGCAGUUUUUGAGAGAAAAAAGCAAGUUGGGAUUUUUAGUUUUGGUUUACGUACAAGUUUGGUUUAAGCUAUUAGAAUCUUAACUUUCACACAGUGAGGGUGUUCUGCGUGAAAUAAUCUUGUGGGUUUGAAGAUAUAUAAUCCAAGGAAACGGGGUCGUUUUGGUUUGUUGUGAGUUUAUUGAUGUUGGAUUUGGAUUAAGCUUUAUAACAUUACUUAUCUUGAAAUAACCAAGCGUUUUCAAGAACUAAUCUUUUUCAGUUCUUGAAGUUUCUCACACAGUGAAGGUGUUUAUGUGUGAAAAUUUCUUGUGGGUUUGGAGAUACGUAAUUGCUAUCUUGAAAAGGCCAAAUGAUUUCAAGAAAUAAGCUUUUUCAGUUCUUGAAGUUUCUCACACACGGUGAAGGUGUUUCUGUGUGAGAUUUUAUUGUGAAUUUGGAGAUACAUUAAUCCAAGGUACAUGGGUCUUUUGGGUUUUAUUACAAGUCGAUUAAUUGAUGUUUAGGAUUUGAAUUAGGAUCUAUAACAUUACUUUGUCUUGAUUCUUGAAAAACCCCACGAUUUUCAAGAAACUUCAUCUUUUUGGUUGUUUAUGUCUUGAGCUAGUUUUGUCAUUAGUUCUACAAUGGGUAAAAAGUCAGGAAAAAAUAAAUACGAUAAUGACACCAUCAUUUUCAUUUCCAUGGCACAAGAACACAAAGAAGAGGGAAACAAAUUAUUUCAAAAGAAAGAUUACGAAGGUGCCAUAUCAAUUUACCAAAAAGCCCUCAAAUUGCUUCCCAAAAACCACAUAACAGUCUCUUAUCUCCAAACCAACAUUGCAUCAUGCUACAUGCAAAUGGGUAUCACCGAAUUCCCAAGGGCUAUUCAUGAGUGUAAUUUAGCCCUUGAAGUUACACCAAAAUAUAGUAAAGCACUUUUGAAACGAGCUAGGUGUUAUGAGGCUUUAGAUAGACUUGAUUUGGCUUUAAAAGAUGUUAAUCUUGUGUUAAAUAUGGAACCAAAAAACAUCAUGGCAAUUGAGAUUGCCCAUAGAGUGAAAUCACUUAUAGAGCCAAAAAAUCUCAUUGUCAAUGAAGAAGAAAAAAGUGAAAAACUUGAGCAUAUGGAUGAAAAAGUGGACAAGAUUGAAGAGAAAGAAACCAAACAUAAGUUGGUUGUUGUGGAUGAAAAAAGUGAAAAACUUGAGCAUAUGGAUGAAAAAGAAGACAAGAUUGAGGAGAAAGAAACCGAAGAUAAGUUGGUUGUGGAUGAAAAAAUAAGCAAAUUUAGCAAAGAAAACAAGCCAAAAAGGAGUAUAAAAUUGGUCUAUGGGGACGAUAUAAGAUGGGCAAAAAUUCCAAUUAAUUGCGAUGUUUUGGAAUUAAGAGAAAUUAUAUUCGAACGAUUUCCACUUUCACGAGCUGUUUUAAUAAAAUAUCAAGAUCAAGAGGGCGAUAUGGUCACAAUUACCACAAACGAAGAAUUAAGAUGGGCGGAAUCACUUUCGGAUCAAACUUCGGUCAAACUUCACAUCAUAGAAGUCAACCCUGAGCAAAAUCCAUUUUUCGACCAUUUUAGAAGGCAAGAAAAGAAGAAAAAGCUUUUAAAUUCAAAAUCUUGUAUCGAUGAUUGGAUUCUAGAAUUUUCAGAGGUUUUCAAGAACUAUGUCGGGUUUAAUUCAGAUUCGUAUUUGGAUCUUCAUGAAAUUGGUAUGAAGUUGUACAUGGAAGCUAUGGACGAUGCGUUAACAAGUGAAGAAUCUCAAGAACUUUUUAAUAAAGCAGCCGAUAAGUUUCAAGAAAUGGCAGCUUUGGCUUUGUUUAAUUGUGGAAAUGUGCAUAUGUCAAAAGCGAGAAAAAGGGUUUUUGAAGAAUCAAAAAAAGAUUUAUACGAAUGGGCACAAAAUGAGUAUUCAAAAGCUGGUGAGAUGUAUGAAAAAGCAAUCAAAGUGAAGCCUGAUUUUUAUGAAGGUUUUUUGGCUUUGGGACAUGAAGAAUUUGAGAAGGCGAAAAUACGUUGGUAUUAUGAGAUUGAGAAAAAUGAUGAUAUUCAAAAGUGGGAUUCGAGUGAUGUUAUUGAACUUUAUAAUAAAGCGGAAGAAAAUAUGGAAAAGGGUAUGGGAAUGUGGGAGGAAAGUGAUAAAAAUGAAGGUGGAAAUAUGAGGUCUUUGAUAAAUGUUUUGUGGGGAACUAUGCUUUAUGAAAGAUCAAGUAUGGAGUAUAAAUUAGGGCUUGAUUUUUGGCAUGAAUGUUUGGAGAUUGCUGUUGAAAAAUUUGAAGUUGCGGGUGUUUCUCAUACGGAUAUUGCUGUUAUGAUAAAGAAUCAUUGUUCUAAUGUCGAUGCACCACAAGGUUUAGGUUUUGAUAUUGAUGAGAUAGUACAAGCAUGGCAUGAAAUGUAUGAAGUGAAAAGAUGGCAAAGUGGUGUUCCUUCUUUUAGAUUAGAACCAUUGCUUCGAAGACGAGUUUCUAAGUUGUUUUACGCCUUUGAACAUGCACAAUGAGUGCCAUUUCAAGAUCCGGUUAUUACAUGCAAAAGGAAAACGGGUGCUUCUUGUUCCACGUCCAACUACUUGGUACUAUUGCAGGUGAGUUGUAAUUAUCAGGACAAAACAUAGUAGAUAACACGGAGGGGUAGUUACGUAAAUUGGUGAAAAAUACUUUGAUUUUUUAAAGUAUUUGUCUUUAAGGUCAUAUAGAGUUAUUUUUGUUGUUUUGGCUUGCAAGUUUUAUUCAUUUGGUGUGUACUCUUAAUUAUGUAACCAAUGUUGAUUUGGUAGAAAGUGAUUUUGGAUUUUGUACACAAUGCCUUAACUUGUACUUUCUUUGUUACUAUUU